GCAUCUUCCUGGGUAAAAAAAAGUUCGAAACACAAAGCGACAACCGGGCGAGUUCAGCAAGACUCCCCACCCUAUCCGGGACAGAAGGAGAAGAUAUGUACAGUGGGGUCUGCAUCUGCCUGCUCCUGGCUGCGCUGUCCACAAGCUCCUUGGGGCAGCAGACUUCAGGGUCCCACAAUGCCAAUCCGGUGGCUACUGAUCUCGAGCAGAGCUUGCUGGAAAACCACCGGCAUGUCCGUACUCCAGGCUCUGGGAAAUCUAUCCAGCAGGUGGACGGCAACGUUGACCCAAAGGCUAACCUGGGUGCUCUACUGGCCAAAUAUCUCCAGCAAGCCCGAAGAGGUGCUUCUGGAAAGGUCUCUGUGAUGGGAUUGCAGAGUUUUGACCCGACACACAGAAUAAGAGACAGAGACUACAUGGGAUGGAUGGAUUUUGGACGCCGGAGUGCUGAAGAAUAUGAGUACUCUUCUUAGAGAGCUUCAAACUAUGCUUAAAAGAAAUGAAAAUCAAGUCCCAUUUCUGUAAAGGGCGGGGGAAAAAUUGUCAUCCUUUCCAAAUCAGUGUUUUAAAAGAAAACAUAUGUAUUUGAUGUAAAUUUGUCUGUAAAACUAUACAAUGCAAUAUAUAUUAUAUAAACAUAUGCAGAAUUUUCCAGGAAAAAAAUAUUAUCUUUCUCCUAUAGUUUCUUACCACUCAGUUGUAGACAUAUUAAAAAGUAUUUCAUUCA